GGGGAAAGCAAAAGCCUUCCGUUAGCGAGGAUGCCGGGCGGCGACUCGGACCAACUUUUGGAGGCCCGGAACGGAAGGACACCGGAGCGCAAUCACAAGCCAAAAUAAAAAUAAAAAUAAAAAAAGAAUUACGCAAUGGAAUAAUAUGGAUGGAUAUAAACAUUGACCAUCAUCCCCUCUCUUCCUUUCUCUUUCCUUUGUGCCAGUUCUGAGUAUCACCACCACUUACAAACAUCACCACCAUGGCUGCUCCUGCUGCUGCAGUCCACCGCAACCCCAUGGACUCGAUGAAGUCGACCUGGCAAAAGGCAGACAAGUCGACCUGGGCCUUCCCCCAUCGCUUCUUCAACUUCUUCGACCCCGUUGAGAAACAAAUCGACCCUCCCAUCCACGCAAAGACCGACAAAGUCCCAUACCUGCCCGACUGGCGCAUGCACGUCUGGAUUCUCUCGCACGCCCUCGUCCCCGUGGCCCUGCACCACGCCUACGUUUUAUAUUCUGGCAGCAACCCGCACAUGCUCGUCGUCUUCCUCUUCUACUCGCUCGCCCUCAACGUCAACGGCGGCCGCGAGAUCCGCCUGCUGCGCCAGGUCGGCAACAAGACGGGCUACCUCGACGGCGACAAGCACGCGCGCGACGGCAUCCCCGACUACACGAUCCGCAAGGUCAUGGUCUCGUUGCUCACCGCGUCCCAUGUCCGGCCCAUGCUCACCGUCAUGCUGAGCUACAGCGCGGCCCAGACUCCCGCGACAAUCAACUGGCGCUGGCUGCCGCUUGAGAUUGGCCUCGCUCUGCUGGCUGUCGACUUUUGGUUCUACUGGUACCAUCGCCUGAUGCACGAGGUCAGCUUCCUCUGGAAGUUCCACCGCACGCACCACCUCACAAAGCACCCGAACCCGCUGCUUAGUCUGUAUGCCGACCAUGUCCAGGAGAUGUUUGACGUUGUUGUGAUUCCUACGCUGGGAUAUCUGACUGUUAGAGCUUUGGGACUGCCCAUGGGCUUCUACGAAACUUGGGUCUGCCACCAGUACCUCAUCUUCACAGAGGCCCUGGGACACAGCGGUCUUCGCGUCUAUGUCACUGCGCCGUCGCCGUUUAGUCCAAUCUUCCGAUUCUUGGGCAUCGAGGGCAUCAUUGAAGACCACGAUCUGCACCACCGAUAUGGCUGGAAGUCGAGCCACAGCUACGCAAAGCACUGCCGCCUCUGGGAUGUAGCGUUCGGUACCGACUAUAAGCGCAUCGAGUGCACAGAGACCAACAUUGACUGGAACGAUACCGUCAAGUUUCCCUUGUUUUAGAAAUAGAAUAGACUUUUAGAGUAGACUCUUGGAUUUUUGAUUCCCCCUAGCAUGUACUUAUGAAUUUAC